AUGCACGUCUCCACGACGUUCAAGUACAACAGCAACCCGGACGAGCUGCGGCCAGGGGACAAUGUGGAUGCCAUCCUCACCUCGGUCCUCGGCGGGCCCUCGCUGACCUACUCCUCGGGCCUGUCGGCCUUCCACGCCAUGCUCGUCCACCUGAACCCGAAGCGCGUCGCCAUCGGCGAGGGUUACCACGGCUGCCACGGCGUCAUCAAGAUCCUGACCAAGCUCAACGGGCUGAAGCAGCUCGAGCUCGACGAGGCGUCGCUGGAGCAGCUCGAGGCCGGCGACGUGCUGCAUGUCGAGACGCCGCUGAACCCGACAGGCGAGGCGCGGAACCUGGCCUACUUCAAAGAGGUCGCAGAGCGCAAGGGGGCAUACCUCACGGUGGACGCGACGUUUGCGCCGCCGCCGCUGCAGGACCCGUUCCAGCUCGGCGCCGACGUGGUGAUGCACUCCGGGACCAAGUACUUUGGCGGCCACUCGGACAUGCUGUGCGGCGUGCUGGCCGUCCACCCGAAGCACGCGGACAAGUGGGUGCCGAGCCUGUUCCAGGAGCGGUGCUUCAUCGGCGGCGUGAUGGGGAGCAUGGAGGGCUGGCUGGGCGUGCGGUCGAUGCGGACGCUGGAGCUGCGCGUGGAGAGGCAGUCCCGCUCGGCGACGGCGCUCGCCCGCUGGCUCGACGAGGAGAUCCGGCGCGACCCCGCGGGCGCCGUGGGCAGCGUCGUCGACAAGGUCGUGCACGCGAGCCUGCAGAAGGAGGACCUGGCAGACGGCAAGGGGUGGCUGGCGAAGCAGAUGCCGGGCGGGUUCGGCCCCGUGUUUGCGAUCCUCUUAAAGGACGCCGAGGACGCCAAGAGGCUGCCGAGCAAGAUGGCUCUUUUCCACCACGCGACCUCGCUAGGCGGCGUCGAAAGUCUGAUUGAGUGGCGUGCGAUGAGCGACAGCAGCUGCGAUAAGAGGCUGCUGAGGGUCAGCGUCGGCGUUGAGGGGUGGGAGGACCUGAGGGACGAUCUUGUGCAGGGUUUCAAGGAGUUGGCGGAGGAGAAGAAGAAGAGGGUCUGA